AUGGGGUCUUCACUAUUCUGGUUUGAAAAUUGGACAUGCCUGGGAUCAUUAUAUUUUGUUACUCCUCCAGAUUUUGUGUGUGAUGAAUUGAUACAAAACAUAUAUGAUGUGGUGGACAAUGGUCAGUGGAAUGAGGAGAAGAUUAGAGAGAUUCUACCAGAGGAAUUAGCAGAACAUAUUCUACUGCAAUUGAAACCUCCAGUUAUGCAUGAGGUACUUGAUAAGCCUUGGUGGAUGCUGGAAUCUAGGGGAGAAUGUAGUGUGAAAUCAGCUUGGGAGUAUUUGAGAAGAAUGAAUGAACCUUGCAAUGCAUACAGGAAGAUAUGGGAGGAAACAAUGCAACACCUGUUCUUCACAUCAUAUGCUGCUGUUAGAGUGUGGAAAUACUUUCUUGGACAUGCAGGCAUUGCCUUAGAAGGGAUUACAUUGCGUCAGGCUAUUACCAGAUGCUGGACAUCAGAUGUGUUGCCCAGAAUUGAACCUAUACUGCAAGCACUACCAACUGUCAUUGUGUGGGAGCUUUGGAAAAGGAGGAAAAGCUACAAACAUGGAGAUACUGUGACAAUUAAUAGAGUCAUAAACCAGGUCUCUACUACUAUGCAAUCUCUUAUGCAAUUUAGAAAACCAAAACUGCAGAAUGUACCACACAAAUGGCCAGACCUGCUGCAUAUACUUGAGUCUUGUCUUCCUAUGUUGAUAUAUACUAAAGUGUUGUGGGAUUGUCCAAGUUCAGGGUGGAUUAAGGUAAACACAGAUGAGGCCUCAAGGGGGAAUCCUGGGAGGAGUUCAAUAGGGUAUGUGCUAAGAAAUGAGGAAGGGGAUCUAGUAUAUGGCUGUGGGAAAGAAGUGCAGGAAGGAACAAAUACAGAAGCUGAAGCUAAAGCAAUUUUGGAAGCUAUGAAGUUCUGUGUUGAGAAUGACUAUGUACUCAUUAAGUUACACACAAACUCUAUGAUGCUUAAGAAUGUCCUAAAUGAAGAAUGGAGUGUACCAUGGAAUAUAGCAGCUAUGUUGGAGGAGAUCAAGGAGUUGAUGAACAGAAGCAAUGUAACAGUGGCUCACACUCUAAGAGAAGGAAACAUAUUAGCUGAUCACUUAGCUAAUUAUGCUUUGGACUUUGGAGUAAUUGAGGCAAACAAUUUCUGGGAAUUGGAUAUACAAGGAAGGAAGAUAGUGAAUGAUGACAAGUCACAAUGUCCAUAUAUCAGAGUAAAAGUUGCAUGA